GCUCUGGGCCCAGAAUGAAGAGAACACAAAUGAGCAUGAACGCAUAUUAAUUGGGAGAUGUGUGCCACUUUGGGCAACAAAAUGGGCUUCUGUUCAAGCUCUUUAUUGGAUUCCCGGGCUUCGUGGUCUUGUUCGGAAAGUGAUCCGUAACUGUCCCACAUGCUACAGAUUCCGUGCUGUGCCCUUCGCGCCUCAAAUGGCCGCUUUACCCGAAUCUCGAGUCACCCCCUCGAAACCAUUUUCUCAUACCGGAGUCGAUUUCGCCGGUCCUUUCGUUGUUAAAUCCGGCAACCCACGUAAACCUCGUUUAACAAAAGGUUAUCUCUGCAUUUUUGUGUGCUUUUCCACAAAAUGUGUUCAUCUUGAGUUCGCUUCAGAACUCACUACUCAAUGCUUUCUAGCAGCACUGGAUCGAUUUGUAGCUCGUCGGAGUCUUCCAUCCGACAUAUAUUCCGAUCAAGGUCGGAAUUUUCUUGGCGCCUCACGCCUUUUAAAUGAAAUUUCUAUUUUCUUAGAAGAAAAUCGCGAGAAUAUCUCCGAUUAUUUGUCUCUUAAAAGUGUACAAUGGCAUUUCAACUGUGCGUAUGCACCUUGGUUCGGGGGUUUAUGGGAAGCUGGCGUCAAAUCCGCUAAAUCGCUCCUCAAACGCAUGUUCAAGGAAUCUUCCUAUUCCGUUGAAGAUUAUUUCACGAUAUUCGCCCGCAUUGAAGCGGUGUUGAACAGUCGCCCACUGUGCGAUCUGCCUGCUGAUCCUUCUGAGGCAUCGUCUUAUUUAACUCCUGGACACUUUCUUACCGGCACCCCCUUGACCUCGUUGCCCGAACGUUACCCACCUUGUGAACAGCCCGUUCGUGACCGUUGGUUGAACCUGCGACGCUUGGUUCAAAGUUUUUGGAAGCGUUGGUCUAAAGAGUAUUUAAAUACUUUAAUUCAAAGAAACAAAUGGAAAUCGCCUGCCGCCACCCCUGAGGUUGGGGAUGUCGUAUUAGUAAAAGGGGAUCAAACUCCCCCACUUUCUUGGCCUAUUGGUCGUAUAAUCAGACUUCACAUGUCUGCAGACGGUAUACCUCGUGUUGCCGAUUUAAAACUUGCGGAUCAGCAAGUAGUUACUCGGGCGGUCGCCAGACUGCUUCCAUUGCGUGGGUCGAUCGAGUAAUCCCGUUUUUAUCCUUCGCUUCCCCAUUUAUUUAUUUUUUUUUGGAAUUCAAAUCUUUUAUCUGUUAGAUUUCAAAUAUUUUUUGUUUUCUUUUCUUUCAUGUACAUUGUUGACACUUUCAAUUUGUUUCGGUCCCUUGUAAUUGAAUUUUUUCUCCCUUUGUUUAGGUAGGCUCAAAUUCUAUCGAAUUUGGGGGGGCGACUUAUGUUAGGGACACUUCAUAAAGUUAGUUUCUUUACUUUUUUCUUUAGUGAUUUUAAUUAACCAUGAGUUGGUACUAACUGACUUUCAUCUACCAAUCAUAUUCAUCGUUGCGGAAACUAUGAGCCCGCCAA